AUGACCCUUUACAUCAACAUCAAAGUCCCUUCCACUGUUCGAGGCACCAGCGAUGCUCAGUACAUGAGCCUUUCAAUGGGAAGCAAUAGCGUUGCCAAGGAGCUCAAGGACCUUCUGUCGGAAACAAAUUCGGAAUCAUUUGGAUCAAACCUGCGAAACGCAAUCUCUGAUGCUAAAAAAGCAAUAGCCCACAUGAGCAAAGAUGAACCCUCCGCAUACGACGUCAAGUCGGCCUAUGAGAAAACCGAGGAGCUGAUCCCCACGUUUAAUGACCAUAUUUCCAAAAAGUCUUUGAAUAAAGUCACAAUGUCCGGCCAUUGCCGUCAGCGAACCAUCCUCCUCGACGAAGCCGAAGGACUCAUGAACGAGUACGACAACCACUGCAACAAGACCAUUCUCAUUGUAGGAGGCGGAAUAAGCGGGCUCAUGACUGCUUGGGUUCUUCUCGACAAGGGAUACCGCGUUUUGAUCGUCGCCAAGGAAUGGGCAACCCUGGGGAAGGCAUCCGAACAGGGAAGGAUCACCUCUCAGGUUGCUGGUGCGCUCUGGGAGUACCCACCGGGCGGCUGUGGGCUGUCGGAAAUUGAAGUGCCUGUGCUGGCGUACUCGAAGCUGGACCAAUACCGGAUCUGGGCCUUGCAGAGCUUUCUGUUUUACGAGGCGCUGGCGAAACACUCAGCUGAGGCGCUGGCGAAGAAGCCAGACGAGCCGUCGGCGAAGAAGUCAGACGAGCCGUCGGCGAAGAAGUCAGACGAGGACUUUGGUGUGACGAUGAAGAAUCUGUAUCAGUUCUUCUACCACGACCUCAAUGAGCCAUGCACUGGACCGAACGAUAGGACAGCGGCAAGCAUCAAAGAGCACAAGAAAAAGUACGACGAAUUGCUGGAACUAUAUCAGAAUGACAAGCACCUAUUCAGAGGCAAACUCCAGGUCAAGCACACCGGCUCCGAUGAACACGCCAUCCUCGGAAUCCUGGAGGAGAACUCUACCUGCAAAGGCGGCAAAAUUGACGUCAACGCGACAGCCCUAAAGUGGGCGUACUGUCAUCAAGCGCCAGUCAUCGACACGGACGUCGCUAUCGAGCAGCUCAGGGCGAUCGUUGAAGGCAAGGGCGCCAUACUGGAGAUAAGGACGAUCGAGGGAGACCUCCAUCUCCACGAGCGAGAGCUUAUGGACGACUUCAAGGCAGACUUGAUCGUGAAUGCCAGCGGUCUGGGGGCUCGCGAGCUGGCCAAUAAUGACCAGGUCUUUCCUGUCCGCGGUGCAGUCAAGCGGGUAUCACUGGACGCUGAGAACGUGAACGCUGUCUCUCCAGAUUCAACCGUGAAGGUUCUGGAUGAUUCGAACCUGAAUACUGUGAAGGCCAAUGCAUGGCUCGUCCCUACUCAAUAUCACACAGACGGGAGCCCCGGAAAAAAGAUCUUCAUCGUCCCUCGCAACGACGAAACGCUUAUUGUCGGAUCAAUCAUUCAGCGUAACAAUUGGGACCUGGCCAGCCUAGCCGCCGAGUCUCCCGAGGUCAAGCAAAUGUGGCAAAGGGCGGCCAAGUUCUUGGGUUGUCUUGCCAACUUCACGGAAAGGUAG